AUGGCGGAAUGUAGCAAAACUACCUCGGGGCUUCCUCCUUCAGGCGAAAUGAGCUGUCUGGCACGGGCUCUGUCCCACAGCACUUUAAAUCAGCUUGAGCAGUCGGAGUCUUUUCAGUCGCAGUCGUCGUUGUACCGGAUGGGUCCGUCACGUCGGAGAAGAAUAUCAAGCAGUCAAAGCGUAGAGUCUGCAGAUGUGAGUCCAAGCGCUGAGGCGCGGGUCCUCGUCAUCAACACCGGUGGAACCAUCGGGAUGAUGUACCACAAUGAGGUACUCUGUCCUGAACCCAAUGCCCUGGUGAAAGCUCUGCGCAAACUACCCAUUCUACACGAUGAGCAAUACGCUCAGCAUACCCGACUCUAUGAAUACUACGAUCCUCCCGAGAACACGCUGGUGCUGCCCCUGUGCAAACAGAACAAACGGAUAGUGUAUACUGUUAUAGAAUAUUCUCCCCUGCUUGAUUCCUGCAACAUGACGACUGAUGAUUGGGCAUGUAUAGGGAAAGACAUUGAGAAACACUAUGAGAAGUACGAUGGCUUUGUCAUUCUGCAUGGCACUGACACCAUGGCCUACACUGCCUCAGCGCUGUCCUUCAUGUGUGAGCACCUGGGGAAACCCGUCAUUCUCACCGGCUCUCAGGUACCUAUCUAUGAAAUGAGGAAUGAUGGGAGAGACAACCUGCUGGGGGCACUGCUGAUCGCAGGCCAGUUUGUCAUUCCGGAAGUGUGCCUCUACUUCCAUCAUAAACUUUACCGGGGCAAUCGAGUCACCAAAGUGGAUGCUGGGAGUUUUAAUGCCUUUAACUCGCCCAACCUGGCUCCAUUAGCCAAUGCUGAAGUGGAUAUUAAAAUAAAUUGGGACACGGUGUGGAGGGCAAACACAACAGCUAAGUUUAGGGUCAACACCCAGAUGAACCGUAAUGUGGGCCUCCUGCGUUUAUUCCCUGGGAUCACUGCUGACACCGUUCGGGCGUUUUUGCAGCCACCGAUGGAGGGCAUUGUGCUAGAGACUUAUGGCAGCGGGAAUGCCCCUAAUAACCGCGCUGACCUCUUGGAAGAGUUCUGGAAAGCCUCUGAAAGAGGAGUUAUCAUGGUUAAUUGCAGUCAGUGCCUUAGAGGUUCUGUCACUACAUCAUACGCUACUGGCAGGGCUCUGAGUGAUGCUGGACUGGUACCAGGGGGUGAUAUGACCCCAGAAGCUGCUUUAUCUAAACUAUCAUAUGUGCUGGCAAAGAAAGAGCUCACCACACAAGACAAGAAAAAGAUAUUGAGCCGUAAUCUGCGUGGUGAGAUGAUUGCCCAUCUGGAGGGAGCAAAGCUUACUCUCAGUGACAGUCGCUUCAUUCAGGUCAUUGCAAAGUCCCUCAGCAUCAGCUGUAAAGAGGAGCUGGAAGCUAUUCGUGAUGCUCUUACACCAACAUUAGCUUGUGCUGCUGCUAAGAUUGGUGAUAUCGAAUCUCUGGAGGCAAUUAAGGAGAUGGGCAGUGACUUAAGCAUGGCAGACUACGAUGGCCGAACUCCGCUCCACAUUGCAGCCUGCGAGGGUCACCUCAAAUUGGUGCAGUAUUUACUCGGCCAAGGAGCCACUGUCUACGCCAAAGAUCGUUACGGAGACACACCCCUUCGUAACGCAGUUCGUUUCAGACACAAAGAUAUAGUGAAGCUGCUGAGAAAAACUGGAGCCCACUUCUCUCGAGAUGAAAUUGAAGGUGCUGGAACAGAACUCUGCAGCAUGGCAGCGAGCGCAGACUUGGAGGGUUUGCAGAUUUGGCACCUUGCUGGAGCUGAUCUGACCAUGACAAGUUAUAAUGGACAGAUAGCCAUAGAAGUGGCUAUGCAGUUUGGCCAUGAGGAUGUGGUACAGUUUCUACAGUAUGCUGCUCAGUAUCGAGCUCAGCCAGUUCUUGAUGAGAAUGAAGAGAACGGUGAAUUUAUCGAGUUCUCAGCUUGUUCCAGUACGUCUUAAGAAGACAAUCCUGCCACCAAUGAUGACCUCUCAUUUCAGCUCCUCCUUUUGCUGUUUUAUUGUUGAAUUUUUGUGCUGAAUUAUGUUUAGUACUGUUAAAGACAUACCAGCUUUACCUAAAUCUAGAUCACAAGUGUCAAACUCUUUCCCUCUUUUAACAGACCCAAAUCCAUCCAUAAGAAGGCCAUGCUAAUCAACCGAUAAGUUGUAUCAGGUGUGUUAAAAGAGGUAGAAGGCUUAACUUUGCAGUAGUGUGAAGCCUCUGAUCUAGACUAAUAUUGUUUUUCUAAUCAAAGUUGCAAAAACCCAAUGAAUGUAGAAAAUAGAAAUGUUAAAAGAAAGAAACAUGUCCUCUUAUGAGUGACAGCAGUGCUGUUUAGUUUAGGCGGAUCAGUUAUUGAAUCAGUUAUUGAAUUAAAUACAGAAUUGUUUUAAUCAAGAUGAUAAGAAUUUGAGCUGUUAGAGAAUAGUGAGCACAUUAAUGUGAAUGCAUUGCACUUCUAAUGACAGAUUAUCAGAUUUGAUCAUUAAGAGUGCAUGUCACCUAUCUUUUUAGUAUUAGAAAAUAAUACAGUGUUACUGUUUGAAAUGGGUUUGAAUUUAUAGCCUGGGAUGUCAGAUAUUUUACGGUUUAGAAUAGUGGUUCCCAUUUUAACUCAGUGACCCACACCUCUAUUUUAUAGACUUAUUAUCAUUAUUAUUGUUAUUAUUAUUAUUCAAUUUAUAUGUAACAUUUAUAAUACCUGCCUUUAACUUGGUCUUGCUACAACAUGUUUAGAAAUGCUUAGAAGUUUAGAAUGUUUGUUUGGGAACCAUUUUCAUUCAACCAUAUUUCAGUCUUCAGUUAACUCAGGGCAGCUUAUUAUCUUAUUAAUAGAUCAUAAAGUAUUAUAGUGCAAUUUGCUAUAUGGACUUUUACAAGUCUCAUUGCUCUUGGGCAAUACAAUCCUUUUAAUUAUUUUAUUAAUGAAGCACAAUCAUGUAGUGUAAUGGGUAAUUGUCUAUAUACGUGUGUGUGUGUGUGUGUGUGUGUGUGUGUGUUUAGAUAUAUAAACAUACAUAUAGAUCAGAAUAGGUAUGAUUUGAUCCAAAGUGACGUGUAGUUUUGACUAAAUACAAUUCGAGCAGAUAAUGGUUGAAGGGCUUACUUAGAGGCCCAACAAUGACAGCUUUGCAGUGGUGGGGCUUAAACCAACACCCUUUGGAUUACUAGUACAGUACCUUAACUUCUGAGUUAUCACUGCUCUCAUUUAGUGUGUGUGCGUGGUAUAUACACAGAUCAGCCAUAACAUUAAAACCACCUCCUUGUU